CACCUUUAAAUGUAACAGUAAUGGAGAUUGCCCCACCUCAGCGAUUUGAUUGUUAGUAACUAUAAUUACUGUUAAGGUCCCUUUCCAUCAUCCGUUAUCCUUUUGACUGGUUGUUGGAUUUGUCAUUGCAAAGAAUCAUUACAACCUCUCCUCCCAAUUUUCUUCUUCAUCUGCCCAUAGCACCCAAGAUCAAAUCUUCCCCAGAAACUAGCAGCCUUUGGAAUACGCAAAUCCCAGGAUCGAAUACCCCCGAAGAAAAUCUCGAUAUCAAUUACCUGUAGAGAAAAUUAGAAGCCCUAUAACCCAAUUCGCAGUUGAAGAUUUGAGGGUUUGAAUCGCGAGAGGACGAAUUUUUUUCCGGUGUAAUGAGCACGAAGUACGGAACGCUGCCAACAUCCUCUACGCCGCGACCGAUGGACUACUUCUCCCGCGCACAGGAGACGGGGCGCGCCGUGUACGCGCUGCGACGGCCAUGGAAUGAGCUCUUCGACCGCCACGCCUUUGGCAAGCCCGAAUCAUUUGCAGAUGCCACAGCCCGUGCACGAAGAAAUUUGAGCCAUUUCCGGGUCAACUAUGCCCUGAUUGUGCUGUGCAUCGUGUUUCUGAGCCUUCUGUGGCACCCCAUCUCGCUAAUCGUGCUAAUUGUCAUGUUCGUCUUCUGGGGUUUCCUUUACUUCUGCAGAGAUGAGCCGCUUGUUAUAUUUGGACGCACCUUAGCUGAAGGCUUGGUUUUCUGGGUGCUCACCAUAAUCACAUUUGUGGUCGUCAUGCUCACCAAUGCGAUCCUGCCCUUCUUGAUCGGCCUGCUCAUCGGUGUGGUGAUUGUGAUCCUUCAUGCCACUUUUCGUCUUCCAGACUCUUUGUCCAUGGAUGAGGAUGAAGCUGCUGCAGGGGGAAUGUAUUCUGUUGUCGAUAGCCCUGUUCCGUCUUCUUCUGCUAGGGUUUAGGGUCAGAUUGAAUCAAGUCCUUGAUUGGCUUGAUUUGAUACUUUUUCUGGGGCGGAACACGUGUGGAUUUUUUGGACAUGCGAUUCCAGUGGAAUGGAACCGACAUCAACAUCCUGAGGGUCUCCACCAGAGCCAGAUCCAAUUUUGCUUCAGUAACAAAAAUUCUAUUGAUAUGUUAGAAGAAUAGAAUUAUUUUGUUUUCAUCGAUUAGAUAACUGUUACAGAAUUUCCAACUUGCUUUUUAACUUUUUUGUCGAUCAAGUACACGACGAUGUACCUAUACGUACAAACCUACACCCUGGAGUGUUUUCCUUGGAAGUUAUCGAUCAUUGUAUUUCAUUGCUCCUUUCUAUUUCCUAUUUGAAGUGUGCAAGCUAAGGUGAUUGACAGCUACACUUCCUUUCUGGUUUGUCUUGUGAGCCUUCUGGGUUUUUACUGAAAGACAGGUGUAUACACGCUCUAGUGUAAAUUGUUUACAUCUUCUUUUUAGUUUGGUUAUUCUUUUUCUAGGAACUGGCAUUAA